ACCUUGAAUCGAUUAAUGGCCGUUUGUCGUUUGUGCGAGCAAAGCGAAAGCCAAAUAUGUGAAAUGCAACUGUGAAUGAACCUGAUAGAAACUCUGAAAAUUGUUUGUUAAAUUGGCUGAUUAUUGUGGUGUGAAUACUGGAACUUUUAAUACAGUUUCCGAUGUGGAAACAUCUACAAAUGGGACUUCGAGCAUUUUUGCUAAUAGCAUCAAGAGUUUGGACAUGCUUAUGUUAUACAUUGAAAAAACAAACAAGAGCUAUAAUUCAGCAUCAGUCUGUGAAGUAUGAUAUAUUUCCUUUAUCACCAUUAUCAAGGCAUAGAUUAAGUAUAGUGAAAAGAAAGGUGCUUGUCCUAGACUUGGAUGAAACAUUAAUACAUUCACAUCAUGAUGGUGUGGUAAGAGAAAGACCUGGGACACCACCUGAUUUUGUCCUCAAAGUUGUUAUAGACAGGCACCCUGUCAGAUUUUUUGUGCAUAAGAGACCACAUGUUGAUUUCUUCCUAGACAUAGUCUCACAGUGGUAUGAACUGGUUGUUUUCACUGCAAGUAUGGAAAUUUAUGGUGCUGCAGUAGCUGACAAACUAGAUGCAGGGAGGGGGAUACUUCAAAGGCGGUUUUACAGGCAGCACUGUACAUCAAAGUCUUACACUUAUACUAAAGAUUUGAGUGCCAUUUGUAAUGAUCUCUCGAGUGUGUUCAUCUUGGACAACAGUCCGGGUGCAUACAGAGCUUACCCUGACAAUGCGAUACCUAUCAAGUCCUGGUUCUCAGACCCUACAGACGUAGCUCUGCUCAAUCUCCUCCCGGUACUUGAUGCUUUGCGUUUCACAGCAGAUGUCAGAUCGGUUCUGUCAAGAAAUCUCCAUUUGCACAGGCUAUGCUCUAACAGGAGUGAUUUAUCUGUAAAUGAUAACUCAAAAGUUAGGAGAAGUAAUUUGACAAAAGAUUUGAAAAUAAUCGAACAAACUGAAAAUAGUAUAGACAAUAUUGUUACACAAGUACAAGAGUUUCACUUGCCUCCCAAAGAGAUUAAAAAAUUCCAUUCACACAUACCUCAAAGAUUGUUGAAGUAAUUCUGUCACAAUGUGAAUUCAUUGGGAAUUCAGCAUGUUUACAGAAAGAUAGAUGGAAGUAGAUAAUGUUGCUUGAGUAUUUUUAAAAAUUAAGAAUUAAUAUUUAAGUAGUUGUGACAAUGAAAUAGAUCUCUAAAAUUAUCAGACCUGGUUUGUCUAUCUUUCUUUGAUUCAUCUGAGGAGUAUCCAUGUACUACUUCAUUAUGAAGACUAAUUAUAGUCACUGAGUCGUAGCUAUGUAAAUUUUUAGUUGAGAUGUACAUAAUGCAAAUAAAUUUUGUUCCAUCUGUAUGAAUUUUAUUUUGUUAGCAUACUUGAGUCUUUAAUUAAGGAAUAAUAUAUUGCUCUCUUAGUAAGACUAACAUUUUUGUACAUCCUUGAAUGUUUGAAUUUGAGUUCAGUUUAAUGGUUCUCCUUAUAUUUAUUUCAUCAUUUUAUUUUUUAUCACAUCUUAAUUGUUACAGAAAAAGGAUAUAUCAAUUUAGUUAUAUUCACCUUCCUAACAACAAUCAACUUCAUUUUUAUGCCUGUUCUGUUAAAUAUUAUUUUGUAUAUUUAUUCUAUUUUCUGUUUAGUUUGUUUUAGGCUGUAAUAUAUAUUUUUUAAGAUGUAAAUAUUGAGUUUUAAAAUUGUUUAUAACAUUAUAUUAGGUGAUCAAAUACAUAUUGCUAUGUAUUUAGUUGUUUCCUGAAGGUACUAAUGAUUUUUUAUUUAAAUGUGGUUUUAAAGGUGUUCUCGAUUUUCAACUUUCAUUGGAAUCUCCACUUAUUUGUCAUUAUUAAAAAGUUUUUUCUUCUACUGUGGAGUAUGAUACCUUUUGUUAUUGUUUAAUGAUUUGUCAUUAAUUUUUCUUAUACUCUCACUUUGAAUAAAUACAAAAGCUUAUUUUCUAACGGAUCGGCUAAUAUCAGAUUUUUUUUCACUUUUAUUUCUCCAAAAGCUUUACAUCUUGGUAUACCAUAUUCAUGGGGUGACAUUUCUUAUCUCUGUAUUGUUUGAAAAUUGCUAAUCUCCAACUAUUGCAUACCAGGAUGUAGAGCUCUCAAAGUACUGUGUUAAAAAAUGGUCACUGGAGCAAUUUGAGGAGGUUUAAUGGGGGCCUUUGAUCCAAGUUGCCCACCUGAAAACCUCUACAACUGUAGAAGCAAUACUAUGGACGUUUGAUUAAAUAGCUUUGUUUUGGUGAAAUCUGAUUGUAGGAGUCUACUCAGCUUUCUAAUGAGUUAUUUAGAAGAAAAAUUAGUUUUUGUGAACUUCACAUCUGGAAAAUCAUGUUGGUGCAUUUGCAGUACAUCAAUACUGAAAUGUAAAUACAUUCAAUAGUGUCAGUAGUGUCACGAGUAAAACAUAGUAUAUCAAUAAAUUACUAAAUCAGUAAGUUCAACAAGUAGAAUGAAUGACCAAGAAACUCCUAUGAGAAACGUGCAAGCCUAUAAUAAACUGGAUGUGAGGGUUCCAAAGUUAUAUGGCCUGGGGCUACUCUCGACUGGUAAUGGUAAUCAACAUAAAAUUGCUAUUAGGUCUUUUAUUGUUGUUGAUUUAUAUUUCCUCACUACCCAUAAUAUCUCAUGCUAUAAUAAAUAUUCUUUGAAUAGUCUUGUGAUUUUCAGCUACUCUCGAACUAUCUGUGUCUACAAUCAGAUUUAAUCAAAAUUAAAAAAUGUCAAAAUUAGGAACUUCAAAAUAUUGUAGGUAAGGGUCAUCGUCAAUAAGCUUCGUUCCAAAUAUUGUGAUUUCAGUUCAACAAUUUGGAGUACAUUUUGAAAUGAGUCAAGAAUCUUCCACUGAUAGCGCAAAUAUCCCUAUUACAUACACAUUGUUGAUAAGGAUGUGACGGUUGAGUUAUUGGCAAUGAAUGUAUACUGAUUUAGACCUGUUUAUAUGACAUUUCAGUGGAUCUUGAGUUUUAGAGAAUCUUUAAAACCUCAUUUAUUCGGGUGGCAUGGUGAUGAUAUUUUCAUAUCAAACAAAAACCAAAGAUGAAUAAAAUAUGUUUUGUUGUUAUUCAAAUGCCACUAGUGGGUUGUAAGUCCAUUCAAUUUUAUUUUCCAUAAUUCCGUUCAAGGUCGUAUCUCGAGGGGAAAAUUGCAAAACUUCAACAAAACAAGAAAGGAGAAGACUUUCAAUACCGCCAUUAUUUGAUUCCUCAGAAACUAGGAUAAACUGUCCCUCAGUGAGCCAGUUUUGAAUAUAAUAAACGUCCAUUCAAAAUGAUUCAAGUUGAUUCACUGUGUACCGUCUUAUGGAAACAGUGAAUCAGUUGAUGAAUUCACAGGAAACCAGUAACAAAAAAAAAAGGUGAAUAUAUCAAAAACAUAUAUUUUCCUACGACCACCUAUGAGCAACAGCACACCGUAUUGUUGCUUAGAAAGUAUCUCAUAUCACCAUAGCUAUGCGAAAGUGAAAACGAUCAGUGUGGCAAUAUUCCCGCACGCUCAUGUGAUCUUUGUUUGGUCAAUAGGUAUCAUGUAUGGAUGAUUAAAAUACUGAUUUAUUAUAUUUUAAUUCAUACUAUCAUUGCAUAAUAUACAUUUUUCGCUAGAGUUAAAAUUUUGUCCCAUGAGAAGUAAUGAUUGUUUAGGUUUCUGCCGUUGCCGUUUUGACAUAAUCUGCGAGAAAUAACCUCAUUGCUGUCAACACCGGUGUGGCUCGGGGACGACGGGGAAACUUCGCAUUCAAUAAAAAAUAUGAUUUCCCAAUCGUAUCACAUUCAAAUUUUAUUCUUCGGGAAGAAAUAAUGAUUUACUUACCGAAUAAUAAGUUAGAUUGAAUUUAACAUAGUUAUAUAAAAAACAAUUAAAUUUUGUAAUCUGUGUUUCGAAUUAUAUAUUCAUGGUCGUAGGAAAAAUAGUGUACAUAACUCGUUGGAAAGUGUAUUUCAUGCACUCGUUACAUUCCCCACUCGCCGCAACGCGUCGUCGUGCUAAAUAUCACCUGUGCGAAAAACAAAAACUGAAAGAUAUGAGACAGUUACAACAAAAAGUAGAAAGAUAAAUGGAAGAAUAAUUCGCUACUUUUAUGAAUAUUUUCUAGAUGAGUAUUAUAGUAUGCAGUGAACCAGUCCAUAGACAUCACACACACACACAAUCAUAUGGCUCACUGUGUACUGGUUCACUGUUAAAUUUCAAUAAAUAUGAAGAAUAAAUUAUUAAAGAAAUAAUUGCGAGACUAUUUGAAACAGUUUCUACACUUUUCAAUGCUGAAAUAGAUAUUUUCAAACCGACAAUACCUUACAUCGCCAAAUAAAUACGCAAUUAGUGAAAAAUCAUAACGUGAACGCGGAAUAAUGCAGUUUUGAUCACCUAACUCAAAUCACUAUCUCACUGCGUGUUCUGGGAUAAACUCGGAGACGGAGGCGGUUAAUGAUGACAGAUAUGGUGACAUCAGCGCUUCUCUCUAAAUAUUGGUAGGUGUAAAAUUAAAAAUGGUUGACUGUGUACGGUGGUUUACUGUGGGACAGUUUACCCUAUACCUAAUUCAAAAUCAAUUAUUUCACAUAACUGAAUAGAGAAUUUUGAGAUCUUUGAAAGGGAGUAGAUACCUACCACUAGGUGGAAGGUUUGCUCUUUAUAUACCUAAUAUCUCAUAAAAUUCAGUUAUUGAUAAUGGGCACUAAUAGGUAAAAAAUUGUACUGAGGUAUAAUGGCCUUGGUUGAUAACCCAUUGGAUCAUAUGUGUCUGUUCAAUUAAUAUUAUUAUUGCCACUAUAUUCUCAUUGUGAAUACAUACAUAUAACGAUUAUCAAUGGGUUAUCAAGCUUGAUAAAUUUCCAAUAUCAUUCCAUGAUUGAAUCUGUACUGUAUACUUGAAUCAUGAGUAUCUAUUUGGACAUUGUUGUAUCACUUUGACAGGAAUUCUAGAAAAUAUAAAUAAUAUAAUGGACUUGACUUG